GUCAGAGCGCGCGCUCUCGCGCUCCCUCCUAAAAAGUGAGCCCACUCCCUGAGUCGCCGGAGCAGAAGAAGCCUUAGCGGCCGUGGCCACCAGAGCAAGAAAGGUGACAUUAUUUCCGAAAGAACUCGCGGCUUUUCUUGAUCCAGUCUCGGCCAUGGCAUCGGUCUUGGGGAACAGCCGAGGUUCCGGAGGGCUAAGUAGUCAACUGAAAUGCAAGUCCAAGAGGAGGCGGCGGAGGAGAUCGAAGAGGAAAGGUACCAGCAGCGCCGAAGUGAAGGAAAACCGAAACGUGGGCAACCUGGAGGCCAAACCGCUGGCUCCCGGCGACAGGGCCCAGGGCGGCGCGCCCAGCAUCAAACGCAAACGGCCGCUGGAGGAAGGGAACGGCGGCGGCCACCUGUGCCAAGUGCAGCUGAUCUGGCAAAAACUCGCGUGGUCCGUGACGCCCAAGAACGCCCUGGUGCAGCUGCACGAGCUGAAGCCCGGCUUGCAGUACACGAUGGUGUCACAGACGGGCCCCGUGCACGCGCCCGUCUUCGCAGUGGCCGUGGAGGUCAACGGGCUGACCUUCGAGGGCACGGGCCCCACCAAAAAGAAAGCCAAGAUGCGGGCGGCCGAGCUGGCGCUGCGCUCCUUCGUGCAGUUCCCCAACGCCUGCCAGGCGCACUUCGCCAUGGGCAACGGCAUGAGCCCGGCCCCGGACUUCACCUCGGACCAGGCCGACUUCCCAGACACGCUGUUCAAGGAGUUCGAGCCCUCGCCGCCCCGCGCCGACUUCGCCGCCUGCCGCCCGGUGGGCACCGACUUGCUCUCGGCCGCCUACCGGCAGGGCCGCUUCCUCUGCCACACGUGGGACCUGGUGGCCCCGGGCAAGGGCGGCCAGUCCCGCGUGGGGCCCCCGGGCGAGCGCCACAAGAACCCCGUGGUGGUGCUCAACGAGCUGCGCCCGGGGCUGCGAUACGUCUGCCUCUCGGAGACGGCGGAGAAGCCGCGCGCCAAGCGCUUCGUGAUGGCCGUCAGGGUGGACGGGCGGACCUUCGAAGGCUCGGGACGCAGCAAGAAGCUGGCCAAAGGCCAGGCGGCCCAGGCGGCCCUGCAAGCGCUCUUUAACAUCCGGCUGCCCAGCCACGGCCCGGGCAGGAGUAGAAGUCGUCUUUUGCCCCAGGAAUUCGCCGACUCAGUGUACCAGCUGGUCACACAGAAGUUCCAGGAGUUGACAGGCCACUUAACUUCCGUGCACACACGCCACAAAGCCCUGGCAGGAAUCGUCAUGACCAAAGGUUUGGAUGUCAGGCAAGCUCAGGUCAUCGCUCUGUCGUCAGGCACCAAGUGCAUCAGUGGAGAGUACAUCAAUGACCAGGGACUGGUUGUCAAUGACUGCCAUGCAGAGAUCGUGGCAAGGAGAGCAUUUGUUUACUUCCUCUAUGCACAGCUGGAGCUGCACCUAAGCAAACGGCGAGAGGACUCAGAGCGAUCGAUAUUUGUGCGGUUGAAAGAGGGCGGCUACAGGCUGAAGGAAAACGUUCUCUUCCACCUCUGCGUGAGCACAUCCCCCUGCGGAGACGCCCGCCUCCACUCUCCCUACGAAAUCACAGCGGACCUGAACAGGAGCAAACACAUAGUCAGGAAGUUUCGAGGACACCUGCGGACGAAGAUUGAGUCUGGGGAAGGGACCAUCCCCGUGCGGUGCCACAAUGCAGUCCAAACGUGGGAUGGCGUCCUGCUAGGGGAACAGCUGGUCACGAUGUCUUGCACUGACAAGAUCGCCAGAUGGAAUGUUCUGGGGCUGCAGGGCGCUCUCCUCUGCCAUUUCAUUGAGCCUGUGUACCUCCACAGCAUCGUCGUGGGAAGCCUGCGCCACACGGGCCACCUGGCCCGCGUGAUGAGCCACAGGACUGAAGACAUUGGCCAGCUGCCAACUUCCUACCAUCACAACCAGCCUCUCCUCAGUGGAGUGAGUAAUGCGGAAGCGCGCCAGCCAGGAAAAUCUCCCCCCUUCAGCAUGAACUGGAUUGUGGGUAAUGCGGAGCUGGAGAUUAUUAAUGCCACCACGGGGAAGAGGGACUGUGGGGGCUCGUCGAGACUCUGCAAGCAUGUGUUCUCUGCCCGGUGGGCAAGACUUUAUGGUAAGCUGAGCACACGGACACCAAGCCAUGGAGACACGCCCUCGAUGUACUGUGAGGCCAAGCGAGGGGCUUCUACCUACCAGUCUGUUAAACAGCAGCUGUUCAGAGCAUUUCAGAAAGCUGGGCUGGGCACCUGGGUGAGGAAGCCACCAGAGCAAGAUCAGUUUCAACUCACUCUCUAAAUCACUAGACUCCUUUGCUAUUCAACCAGAGUGAAACACCGAUGAA